CGUACACAACUUGACAGUCGUAAAUUCUCCUUCCGAAGGAGUUAGCAGAAAAAUGUAUCAUCACAGGGCAAAAAUAGAUGAAUUUAAAGCUAAGUUUAUGGACUUGCUACACAAACAGACCAAUAGACAAGUAAAAAUACCAGCAAUGGGUUUCUCCGAUUAUUUCAUUCAAAGCGUAUCAUCAGAGCCCACGGGUGUUGUUGCAAGCAAGGUAAAAUGUGGAACUGUCGAAUGUGUCAUACCUGCGGGUGAGAGUACAAGCUCUGGUUGUAGUCCUCCUGAAACUGAUAUCCACCCACUAAAGUCUGACCCAGAAAUACUGGAGAGUAUCGAAAAAAUUUUUUUUGAAACUGAAGACGGGGAGGAAUGUAAUUUACACGGCCAAUACGAAUUACAGAAAGUACUUAGUGAUGGCGUCAAUUUCCAAUUAAUUGAUGACACCAUUGCUCAACUGCGCACACAACAUAAAGUUUUGUCCAAGCAAGUGUUGCAGAAUAUAUUGGAGCAACGUAGUGCAUGCAAUGAGGAAUUUUCUACCAUCAAUGACAUCCAAAAAGAACUAGAAGAAUCCUUAUGGACGUGCCGAAAAGCGCGUUCAUAUUUGAAUUUUGCAAAAGUCAAUCUGACCACUACAAGCUUGGAGAUAUUAGCAUCAUAUCGGAAACGUGAAAUACUUAAGGAUCUUUUGAACACUUUGCAAGCGAUCAAAGAAUUGAAAUCGACUGAUGUAGAAGUGCAAAAAUUUCUUUCUGACUAUAAUUAUUCCGGAGCAAUAGGUUUAUUGCUUAAGUGUAAAGAUUUUGCCGCGAAGUAUUUGCAAUACCAUUGCGUGCAAUCAUUGAAUAAGAAGCUUGCAGAAACCCUUUUAUUAACAGAGUUUCAAUUAGAUACAGUGCUCAAUGAGAUGAUUUUAAAUUUUGAUAUGCGAAAGUAUGCAAAACUGCAAGAAGCCUACAAAUUGCUAAAUAAAUCGUUGAUUGCUAUGGAUCAGCUGCACAUCAACUUCAUUUCAGCUAUUCACUCUUCAGUAAAUUCAGUAUUGCGAGCUUAUAAUGAUCCAAAUAUUGAUGAAAACAUGAAAUUUCUUUACGAGCAACUGUGUGAGCAGGUAACUGUGGACAAAUACAUUUCCUGCUUAAUCAGCUUAUGCAAAACAUUCUGGACUAUAUUGGCGUCUUACUAUCAAAUAGUUGUAUGGCAUCAAAAUUAUAAACUAUAUCCUCUAGAUACGAAGGACUCCCCGGAUAUUUAUAUAGAGGAGAAACUAAAGAAGGGGCAGUCUCGAAUUUGGAAUGAUGUUCUUACAAAGAUUUGUAUAUUCUUGCAAAGCCCUAAAUUGAAAACUCUUAAGUAUGAUCAGUUCAUACAGGUACUAUCCGUAGCUCAGAGGUUGAAGAAAAUUGGCCUUGAAUUUUGUGGCGAACAGUCGGAGAAGCUUAUUGAAACAAUGCAAACUCAAAGUCAAGAGUUUUUUCAACUUUAUCACAUCACAUGCCUGGAAGAAAUAUGCCUCUUUCUUGAUAACGAAUCGUGGAGGAUGGUGGGAUCUUUUGUAAAUAUACUUCAACUACCGGAGUUUCAAUCCGUUCGCAAUACACUGCGGCGACAUAAAUCACCUCCGGCUGCUCCCGUACUCAUCUCAGCAUCAUCGGUAAAUAACUCGCCCAUUAGCAAUAAUAAUUGUGAUGAGUUAGUGUCAGUGCAUUCGCAAGAUGGUGGUAGUUCCAUUUACGAUUCCUAUGGUUACUUUUUACGUUUCUCUGAAAAGAGUUCACCUUUCGACGGUGGUCUAGAUGUGGCUAUGCUUGAAGAGGAUAUAUUGUCCGGGAUUGUGGACGAAGCAUCUUGUUACUUCUCGGAGGAAAGUGACGACGAACAAAAAAGUAUACAAAGCAAAUAUGAUGAAGGUGUUAAUGUGCAAGUUGUUGUAAACAACACAACAUUAAAUAUAUUUCGUUGCAUUGGUCGUUACUUACAAAUGUGUAAGUUGUUGCACUGUAUUUCACCCAAAAUUAUUGCGAGUAUGUUGGAAUUGAUGGAUUUCUAUGGUUAUGCGGUACAUGAAAUCUUUGGUAGAGAUGCUCCCGUGACAAUGGAAAAAUAUUACAAGGCGCGCCUGGAGCAAAAACUACAAGCUAUUCUGCAGAACGUUGUAACAAAAAUUAAAAUUUGGCCUUUAAACUUUUCGUCACUAAUCAAUAAUGAACUUGCAAAUCCGGAUACACUGUAUGGACUAUCGCAGCGCAUAGGUGCGGUAGAGAGUGGGCAUUGCAUGAUGCAACAAUUCCAAACGCUUCAUAAUUACCUCAAUCACUUAUUGCCGCCACAGGAGCGACCAAUGCUAACUGCCUACUUUAAUUACAUCGAAUUUAUGGCCGAUAUUGAACGUCCCGUAUACACGUGUGUUACUGCACGGGUCAUAGAUCUGCAAACAGUUCUUUCUAUGAUGGCCAAGGUAAAGUGGGAUGUUAAUCACGUCAGCUUCCAUCAUAAUAAUUAUAUUGAUAUAAUGAAUCGGAAUAUUCAAAGCUUUGCAAUGCGUCUGGAAGAAAUCGCCAAAGAAAUAAAUGUGCCUGCGGAAUCUAUAUGGAAUUCAAUGGCUCAUGUCGCGACUCAUUUACUAAUAGAAGGUUUCUCGAAUGUGAAAAAGUGCUCGGCAGGAGGUCGGGCACUAAUGCAACUAGACUUUACAAAUUUUAUGUCCAUACUUGAGUUGAUAUCCAAUCAAAAAUAUACGCAUCACCGCAUUUAUGUUGAUAGUUUUAUAAAAGCGUACUACUACUCAAAUGAACAAUUUAAAGAAUGGGUUAACGAACAACGUAAUCUAGAGCAGUACUCCACAAAGCAACUUACAAAUCUCAUACAUUGCGUUUGCGUGAGUGACAAACGUACUAGGCAGAAGUUAUUACAGUUAUUAGGUGCCAACAACAGUAGCGUUGGUAAUGGCAAUAAUCUAAAUUUAAGUACAAGUAGCACAAACAAUUAAUUAAAAUUAGUUCUAAAUAGAUUACUGGGUUAAUUUCUCCAAAAAUUCCUCUGCAUUAUCAAGAAUGAAAGCUAAGUUAACUUACUUUAACUAUUGUUAUUGCCAGAGACCAAAAAUAAUAGUUAUUUCAAAUUUACAAAUUGAGCGUUACCCGAAUUCUGAAGUUUAACAAAAAAGUUUUUAAUAAAAGCUAUUUGAUGAAAAAUAUUUUUCCGUUGCCGAUAAGAGUUAUUUCCCAAUAUUUGUUUACGUUGCUUAUAACUAAUAUUUUUCCGUUGUCAAUCUGUAUCCAUAUCUAUAUACAUAUAGUAUAUAAUAUGCAAAGGCAUUUUUUGCACCGUUCGUUCGAUUUUCAAAAAUGAAAAAUCGAAAUAAAUGAGACAAACUGGAUAUACUGUUCACUAGACAGGGCACAGUCGGCCAUUCCACGCUACUCACUCGUCAGAGAUUUUUCGAGAUCAAACAUCAAAACAGAGGAAGAUAAAGCAAGGUGUACCGCAGGGUGGUGUCCUUUCUCCUCUGCUGUUCAACUUUUACAUCUCGAAGCUCCCCAAACCACCAGUGGGAGUUUCCCUGGUCUCAUACGCUGA